UUUAUUGCACUCUGCACCAUAAAAUGUGAGCAUAAAAACUGUCAUGACUACAGGUUCUGUUGUGAUGAAAUGUAGCUGGUGAUGUUUUUUGCUCGUAGUUCCUUAUAGAUCUUAACCACAAGGAAGCUAUAAAUAUAGCAGCCUUCCGAAAAACGGACUGCUUUGUGAAACCAGACCAACUGAAGAGACAAGACAGUUAUUUAACUACUUAUUAGCAAUAAUUAAAAUAAUCCUUUAAAAAAGUUAGAAAACAAAACAAAUAUAAUUUAUCUUGAGCACCACUUUUGAAAGCUUGGCCUGUGUUCAUAAAACAUUUGUCAAUUUUUAUUUACACAUCAUAAAAAAACACAGGCUGUCACAGACAUGAAGCUGAUAAGGUAAAAAACAGUAGAUGUAAAGCAAUUACCAUAAUAAACAUGCGAUAUAAAACAGGCAAAUGUAGUUGAUUGACUUACCUUUGACAAGUAUCACAUUAUGACCGUUAAUAAGGAAGUAGCAGGCGGGGCAAAGGUCUCUGUGGUUGUACAAGGCCAAAAAGGAGAAGCAGUUAUUUACUUAGUCUCUCACCAAUAUGAGAGGGGAUCAGAGGUUAGAGAAGGAGGACAUGGUUAAGAAUUAAAAGUCAACACCACUGGAAUAAAGUUAAUAUUGGACUGCGUCAGGCAAGCAGCGAAAAAAUUCUUCGGCAACCUCAAGUGUUGUUUUUGUCAACACACCCGUGGCAGUACUGAAAAUAGAAACUUGAAGUUGGUCUUGGGACAACAAAGGAAUUGUACAGGUUCAUAGCAUGUGUGUAGCUUAAUGAACCGUGAUUACGAUGGAGACUUUAUCUUUCAAAAUCACCUCGGACCACUUUCUGCUGUGUCUCUUCCUGAGUCUGCUUUGGGGCAUUACUGAGACAACCGCAGCAUCAACAGGAGAGGCAACAUCAUCAAGCGAACCUCCAACCACUUCAUCAACAAGCCUUACAAAAACAAUGACUCCUCCCCGUGAUGCAGAAGGUUUCAAAUCACUUGCACAAACGGAGACCAGUAUAACUCUGCGGUGGAAAAAUGUGGAUGCAACCUUCAACUAUACACUUGUGAUCAAUGGAGAGGAGAUUAUUGUCACUGCAACAGCUGGUCCUGAAGUGAAACACACAAUCCGAGAUCUUACAAAUGGAACUAAAUACAACUUCCAGCUCUUCACUGUGUUUGAAUAUGCCAGAAGCACUGGAGUAAACCUCACUGCAGUCACAGCUCCCCCUAAUGCAGAAGGUUUCAAAUCACUUGCACAAACGGAGACCAGUAUAACUCUGGGGUGGAAAAAUGUGGAUGCAACCUUCAACUAUACACUUGUGAUCAAAGGAGAGGAGAUGAAUGUCCCUGCAUCAGCUGAUACUGAAGUGAAACACACAAUCCCAGAUCUCCCAAGUGGAACUAAAUACAACUUCCAGCUCUUCACUGUGUUUGAAUAUGCCAGAAGCACUGGAGUAAACCUCACUGCAGUCACAGCUCCCCUUAAUACAGAAAAUGUCAAAUCAGUUGAACAAACGGAGACCAGUAUAACUCUGCGGUGGAAAAAUGUGGAUGCAACCUUCAACUAUACACUUGUGAUCAAUGGAGAGGAGAUUAUUGUCACUGCAACAGCUGGUCCUGAAGUGAAACACACAAUCCCAGAUCUUACAAAUGGAACUAAAUACAACUUCCAGCUCUUCACUGUGUUUGAAUAUGCCAGAAGCACUGGAGUAAACCUCACUGCAGUCACAGCUCCCCCUAAUGCAGAAGGUUUCAAAUCACUUGCACAAACGGAGACCAGUAUAACUCUGGGGUGGAAAAAUGUGGAUGCAACCUUCAACUAUACACUUGUGAUCAAAGGAGAGGAGAUGAAUGUCCCUGCAUCAGCUGAUACUGAAGUGAAACACACAAUCCCAGAUCUCCCAAGUGGAACUAAAUACAACUUCCAGCUCUUCACUGUGUUUGAAUAUGCCAGAAGCACUGGAGUAAACCUCACUGCAGUCACAGCUCCCCUUAAUACAGAAAAUGUCAAAUCAGUUGAACAAACGGAGACCAGUAUAACUCUGCGGUGGAAAAAUGUGGAUGCAACCUUCAACUAUACACUUGUGAUCAAUGGAGAGGAGAUUAUUGUCACUGCAACAGCUGGUCCUGAAGUGAAACACACAAUCCCAGAUCUUACAAAUGGAACUAAAUACAACUUCCAGCUCUUCACUGUGUUUGAAUAUGCCAGAAGCACUGGAGUAAACCUCACUGCAGUCACAGCUCCCCUUAAUACAGAAAAUGUCAAAUCAGUUGAACAAACGGAGACUAGUAUAACUCUGCGGUGGAAAAAUGUGGAUGCAACCUUCAACUAUACACUUGUGAUCAAUGGAGAGGAGAUUAUUGUCACUGCAACAGCUGGUCCUGAAGUGAAACACACAAUCCCAGAUCUUACAAAUGGAACUAAAUACAACUUCCAGCUCUUCACUGUGUUUGAAUAUGCCAGAAGCACUGGAGUAAACCUCACUGCAGUCACAGCUCCCCUUAAUACAGAAAAUGUCAAAUCAGUUGAACAAACGGAGACCAGUAUAACUCUGCGGUGGAAAAAUGUGGAUGCAACCUUCAACUAUACACUUGUGAUCAAUGGAGAGGAGAUUAUUGUCACUGCAACAGCUGGUCCUGAAGUGAAACACACAAUCCCAGAUCUUACAAAUGGAACUAAAUACAACUUCCAGCUCUUCACUGUGUUUGAAUAUGCCAGAAGCACUGGAGUAAACCUCACUGCAGUCACAGCUCCCCUUAGUGCAGGAGGUUUCCGAACAGUUACACAAAAUGAGACCAGUAUAACUCUGCAGUGGGACAAAGUUGACGAUAUCAUCAACUAUACACUUGGGCUCAAUGGAAAGGAGAUUAUUGUCACUGCAACAGCUGAUAUUGAAGUGAAACACACAACCUCACAACUCACAAGUGGAACUAAAUACAAGUUCCAGCUCUUCACUGUGUUUGAAUAUGCCAAAAGCACUGUAGUAAACCACACUGCAGUCACAGCUCCUCGUAACACAGAAGAGUUCAAAUCAGUUGGACAAAAUGAGACCAGUAUAACUCUGCAGUGGAACAAUUUGAAAAAGAUCUUUAAUUAUACACUAGUGUUUAAUGAAAAGGAAAUAAAUGUCCCUGCAUCAGAGGAACUUCUAUUGACACAAACAAUCUCAGAACUCACAAGUGGGAUUAAAUACGAAUUGCGUCUCUUCACCGUGUUUGAAAAUGUCAAUAGCACUGGAGUCAACUACACUGCAGUAACAGCUCCCCGUAACACAGAAGAGUUAGAAUCAGUUGGACAAAAUGAGACCAGUAUAACUCUGCAAUGGCGGAAAGUGAAUGCAAUCCUCAAUUAUACACUUGUGAUCAAUACAAGUAUGAUAAACGUCUCUGCAUCAGAGGGACUUGACAAAGUGAAAUAUGUAAUCUCAAACCUCACAAGUGGGACCAAAUACAAUGUCAGUCUCCUCACUGUAUUUGUAAAUGUCAAAAGCACUGGAGUAAAUUACUUUGCUGACACUGUUCCCUCAACAGUGGAUUCUGUCCAUGUGACUGAACGCUCUGUGACCAACAUAACCCUGAUGUGGCACAGAAUGAAAAAUGACUGGGACUACCGGCUCGAAAUGAAUGGGGAAAAUAGAACAAUCCUCCAAAGUAGAACCAUGGAUGAGGUGUCCCAUUCAAUCCCAAAUCUCGAGCCUGGAACAGAGUAUCCAUUCAGAGUCAUUACACUGUUCUCUGGACUCAGCAGCAUUGCUUAUGAAGGCUUCACAGUAACAGGCAUAGACUGUGCAAAUGGAAACUGGCAUGUAACUACCUCAUCGAUCCAAGGAACGGUUAGAGGUUUGUUCUCAAGUGCAGAAGCCAGUAACACAUCAACCCAAAUUAAUGGCAGUACUGGAAAUAGCAGUGUGUCAUUUUCUGGACUUUACCCUGGCGCGACCUAUAACGUGACCCUUCAAUAUGAGAAAAAUGUCACGACAUUUGAACAAUGUAGACACACUGUGACAAUCGUUCCUCCGUAUUUAAGAUCUUCAUGUGAGUACUCUGCAGCCGGCUAUUCUAUGUCCAUCAUCUGGAAUAAACCGGAAGGUAUCUGGACUUCAGUGGAGGUGAACGUCACCGGGAAAACUCUUAAAAAGCUUGAAAAUGGGAAACACUCUCUGGACAUUUCUGGAUUCCUACCUGCCAGAAAAUAUGAGGUGUCUAUAGCUUCAGUGUCUGGAGAUGUAAGAAGUGAUGAACCAUUCGUUUUUUCGUGUCUUACUGAUCCAAGGGGAGUAAUUGCUGGGUCAUUCUUUGCUGUUCUGAUUUUUGCGGUCCUGGUCUGUCUGGUUGUCUUUAUUUUUCUAAAAAGACCGGAUAUUAUCAGCAGAAAAAAGCAAUUUAUUGGUGGUUCCAGACAAUCCAAAGAAAAGAGCAAAGCUAUUCCUGUGGCAAAGUUUCCAGACCAUUUCUACCAAUUAGGCGUGGAUGAAAACCGAGGUUUCAGCCAGGAAUAUGAGAGCCUCAUUCCUGUUGGCACCGAUCAAACACGAAAUGCAGCCACUCUACCCGAGAACAAACCCAGGAACCGUUUCAACAAUGUUCUGCCAUAUGACUGGUGUCGGGUGAAGCUAGAUACUCCCAAUCCCAAUGGAAACUCUGACUACAUUAACGCCAGUUACAUGCCGGGUUACAACAGCAGCAAAGACUACAUUGCCUGUCAGGGUCCUCUGCCCACAACUGUCAAUCAUUUCUGGAGGAUGAUCUGGGAACAACGAGUGAAAGGCAUCGUUAUGGUAACCAAUUGCACUGAAGGAGGAAGGACGAAGUGUGAGCGGUAUUGGCCUGCAGACAGUAAGCCUGUGCCUCAGGGAGAGCUGAUAGUAACCCUUAGGUCUGAGCGGCAGGAGCCCGACUGGACUUUGAGGGAAUUUAGAGUGAAAAAUAGGAACAACUCAGAGCAGCGCACAGUGAAACAUUUUCACUUCACUGCCUGGCCUGAUCACGGAGUCCCUGAGGGCACAGAAGUACUGAUCCAGUUCAGAGGACUGGUGAGACGGCACAUAGAGAGAGACGGGGCUGGAGCACCAACUGUGGUUCACUGCAGUGCUGGAGUGGGGAGGACAGGCACUAUCAUGGCCUUGGAUGUGUUGCUUCAGCAGCUAGAGAAAGAAAGAGCGGUGGGCAUCAAUGGCUUUGUGCACAAGAUGAGACUGAGUCGCCCACACAUGGUGCAAACUGAGUCUCAGUACGUGUUCCUGCACCACUGCAUCAUGGACUGCCUGCAGCCUCAUGAGAAUACUGAAGAGAACAUCUAUGAGAAUACUGAAGAGAACAUCUAUGAGAAUGAAGACAUGAUUUACGCCAACGCCACUGCACUCCGAGAGUUUCCUCAACAAAAAAACAUAAACUAUACAACUUGACAGUACUGAUCAUCAGUCUUUUAUGUACUUAUAAUAACUAAAUCUACAUGCUAUAUUUUGCUAAACUGUAAAUAUGAAAAACAUGUAAGCCUAUAUUUUAAUAUAAAUUCAUAGUAAUCUUUAGAUUUUAUUUAAUGUAUAACAUUGUGUUCAUCUUAUCAGCUUAAUGUGUAUGAUUCUUGUUAUCAUUAUUAUUAUCAUCAUGUGAGGGAACAAUAUGAUGACUGAAGAAUUUUUUCGCAUUACAUUCAGACUUUAUUUGUACAAGAAAUAAAA